GUGAGAGCGGAUAUAGUGAAUGCGGGGUCCGGGGGAGGGCGGAUACAGUGAAUGCGGGGUCCCGGGGAGGGCGGAUACAGUGAAUGCGGGGUCCGGGGAGAGCGGAGCGGAUAUAGGGAAUGCGGGGUCCGGGGAGAGCGGUAUAUAGUGAAUGCGGGGUCCGGGGAGAGCGGAUAUAGUGAAUGCGGGGUCCGGGGAGAGCGGAUAUAGUGAAUGCGGGGUCCGGGGAGAGCGGAUAUAGUGAAUGCGGGGUCCGGGGAGAGCGGAUAUAGUGAAUGCGGGGUCCGGGGAGAGCGGAUAUAGUGAAUGCGGGGGUCCGGGGAGAGCGGACAUAGUGAAUGCGGGGUCAGGGGAGAGCGGAUAUAGUGAAUGCGGGGUCGGGGCUUAUCUUAUACAGCAAGGCUUAGGCCGGCAGCAGAAGAAGCAGCACAAGGGGCCAAUAAGUUGGGCAACAAUGCAGACAGCAUGCUGAUAGGAGGAGAGAUCAGAGAGAA